AUUCACUUGUUAUGCAAAUUUUGCGCAGUGAUAUUGAGGCAUCGUUAUAUCUUUUCGUGUCUGUUUCUCGUAUUUCGGAGUCUUUUUUCUCCGUUAGUCAUCAAAGGUAAUAGUUCAUGUAUUAUUUCGUGCAGUAUUUAGUCGAAUCCAAAUCGUGAGUGCGUUCACGGAACUUGAGAUUUAAGCGUUAAUCCUAUAUCACUUUUCCAUUUUUUCGAUUCCCAACAUAGCCAUAAUCAAACAAUUUCCAUUUUUCUGUAGGUCUUGAAAUCGCUUGUAUCUUAUUGAACCUGUCCUUUUCCUGUGUGGGAAAUUUCUGAUAGGCAACUGCAAACGACGAUUACAGCAAAGUGAAACGAUUAGAGGGCCGUCAUCAGUACUUGUCAGCUACGUGACCUAAACACUCGUGAGAGAGACAGAAAAGCAACAUCAGUUAUCAUAGUAUGCAGAAUAAACGUCGAGUUGGCCCAAGACCAGCUUCCCCAGAGGAUCCAUCAACAUGCAUAAAGUACACGCUGUUUUUCAUGAAUGUCUUCUUCUGGUUGGCCGCAGUGUUAAUUCUUGCUGUUGGUGUUUACAUCAUGGUUGAGAAGAAAGACGCCUACCAGAAUUUAAGUGAUCUAUCGUUUGAUCCUGCAGUACUUUUCGUGAUUCUUGGUGGAACUCUGUUUUUAAUUACCUUCUUGGGCUGCCUUGGUGCUUUGCGAGAGAAUACAUGCAUGCUUUGCUGUUACGCUAGCAUAAUAGGCAUACUUCUGCUCAUUGAAGUCGCUUGCGGAGUGCUAGGUUUUGUGUUCCGUAAUAUGUUGCAGACCAGGAUUGAAGACAAGUUGAAGAAGGCGAUUGUUUUGUACCGCGACAACCCCGACUUACAGUUAGUCAUAGAAACGACCCAAACAGAGUUCGAAUGUUGCGGAAUUAAUUCCUAUACGGAUUGGCAGGCAAAUAUUUAUUUCAACUGCUCUUCGAAGGGACCUGAAGCCUGCGGAGUUCCUCGAACGUGCUGCAAAACAGAGGAGGAGAGGAUAAACAGCCAGUGCGGAUUUGGAGUUGGAAAAAUGGAGGCUAUCGAACGAGACGAAAAGAUCUAUAGAACAGGCUGUCUUACCAGUGCUGUGGAAUGGUUUCAGAAUAAUUUGAUCACCAUUGGCGUUGUUUCAUUUGGAAUCCUGUUUUUACAGAUCUUAACGAUUUGGUUGGCCACGACACUGCGAGGCCAGGUGGCCGAUAUUAAGGCGACCUUCAACGAUCCUCGAUACAACAGACGAUAAUAUCGUCGCCCAGCUUGUACUUAAUUUGGUUUAUUUUGUAAUCUUCUUGUUUUCACUAGAUUUUGGAGUUGGUGAAAUUCGGAAGCACCUGACCAAAGAUAUUUUGAAGAACUUUACAAGGUGUACACUUACAGUGAAAUUUCUUCUUUGUUAGAAUAGUUCAGUUUUAAAUGUUUAGAACAGAGAAAAAUAUCUUGCAACAAAACAGGAAAUAUCCAAAGAUGUAUUAUAAGCACGGAAAAAUUAUGAAAAAACACCGUCAAAACUGAGGCUACAAAGCACACGCGAGUUUUCGCAUUUUACACUUCGCUAUUUAUCAAAAAUGAUAAAUCCAGCUGACAUAAUCAGUAUUGCUAGAAUAUGUCGAUUAUGAUUAAAACAGUACGUAUUUGGAAAUCAGUCUCUCCUGGGAUGUGAUCAAAAGUUUAGACUUGAAUGAAAUGUGAAUGAAUUCCCUCCGUGGUACCCGUAGCCAAGGAGCGCUAUCGCCUUUUGAUACACAGUGUUAUGUCAGAUAUAAAAUGUACUUGUUUAGGCAAGUCACGAAAAGGACGCUUUGGGAGAAAAUGUCAAUACAAUUGUAACUAAACUGCACAAAUUCAAUACACUCAGCAG